AUGAGCAUCCAGCCAGGAAGGAGGGUGCCGGCUCAGCGCUCCUGGUCUCCAGUAUACCUCCAUGGACCAGGAUAUCCUGCGCCGGCUCUGCGUACUGUGAGUCUGCACAGCCCUGUGCGUCCUGUGCCAGCACCCUGCACUCGCCCUGAGGUGCGUGUCCCCAGCCCAGUACCACCAGUGCCAACACCACGCACCAGGCUUCCUGUGCGUCUCCAGAGCCCUGUACGCCCUGUUCCUCCUCCCCGCACUCGCCCUGAGGUGCGUGUCCUCAGCCCGGCAACACCAAUGCCGGUACCACGCACCAGGCCUCCAGUGCGCCUCCAGAGCCCUGUACGCCCUGUUCCUCCUCCCCGCACUCGCCCUGAGGUGCGUGUCCUCAGCCCGGCAACACCAAUGCCGGUACCACGCACCAGGCCUCCAGUGCGCCUCCAGAGCCCUGUACGCCCUGUUCCUCCUCCCCGCACUCGCCCUGAGGUGCGUGUCCUCAGCCCGGCACCACCAAUGCCGCUGGCAAACGCCGUGGCGCUCCUGGAUCGCGUGUUGCUGCAGUCACUGCCAUUCUCUGUCGCCCCCCGGCCCGUGCCAGUGGAGCACUCCGAGCGGGCAGACUGGCACACGGCGCGGCGGUCACCUCCUGACCACAGAGAGUCAGGACACCUGCUUAACGUCCCGUCUGAAAAAUGUCACCCUACACAGGGCAAUGUCCCCAAUCACUGCCCUGGCGCAUUGGGGUCUCCUUCGACCAGAGGCAGUGGUGCCCCCUACUCCCAUCCCGGGACUGACCAGGACCUUGCUUAG